AUGACGCCAGUCUUAGCACUUAGCAACAUUGGGUUACAAUUUCGAGGGAAUUUUUGCAAUGCCAAAACGAAAAUCGUAGACAACAAGGCAGGGGAAUUUUCAGAGAUUAGCCACAAAUCUUCAUGCAACACUUACAUAUUGAACAAUAAACGAAGAUUUUCAUUGUUGGUGAGGGCAAGUUUUGAUUGUAGCCCUUGGGGAGUGAGUACAAUCAACGGAAGGGAACACAUGGCAUUGAUUCCACAUACAGCUAUCAAAUUGGCAAAUGAAAGCACAACACAAACAACCUUUGAUCCCUUUUUACUUGGAGUGUUUGUGGAAGACAAGUUUGUAUAUAGGCAGAGUUUUAUAGUCAGGUCUUAUGAAAUCGGCCCCGAUAAAACUGUCACCAUAUAUGCACUCAUGAAUUUUCUCCAGGAAACUGCUAUAAACAAUGUCACUAGCUAUGGAGUAAGUGGGAACAAUUUUGCAACUACUCGGGAGAUGGACCGUCACACGCUGAUUUGGGUUGCUAAUCGUAUUCAAAUUCAAGUACAAAAAUAUAGCAAAUGGGGAGACAAAAUUGAUGUUGAUACAUGGUUUCAUUUUGUUGGAAAAAAUGGAAUGAGAAGAGAUUCGAUAAUCAGGGAUCAUUGCACCAAAGAGAUUAUAGCAAGAGCAACAAGCACAUGGGCAAUGAUGAACAAAGAAACAAGAAGAUUAUCAAAGUUACCUGAAUCAGUUAAACAAGAGCUUUUUCCUUUCCGCUAUGAUAGACAUGCCAUUUCUAGUGAAGAAAUAGAUUGUCAGAAGAUACACAAGCUCACUGAUGAUACUGCUGAGACAAUUCGAUCUGGGAUGACAGUAAGGAGGAAUGACAUGGAUGCUAACCAGCAUGUUAACAAUGUGAAAUAUAUUUCAUGGAUUUUGGAGAGUGUGCCAAGAGAAGUGUUAGAUGAUUAUGAUAUCACAAGCAUGACUUUGGAGUUUAGGCGUGAAUGUACACAAUCAAGCGUGUUAGAAUCUAUGACUAGUCCAUCAUGCAACGUGAUAAGUGAUUCUAAUAAUAGCUCUGUUGAGAGAAAACAUGACUUGCAAUACACACACCUACUUCGUCUGCAAGAUAAUAAAGCAGAAUUGGUUCGAGGCAGAACAAAAUGGCGUCUUAGGCAGAACCACAAGUGA